AUGAGCAUUCAGUCUUCUGAUACGCUCGUACACCCUGAGGAGCUUUCAGCUGAACUGCCGAAGGAGCAGGAUCGCGACAAUUCCCCGCCGCAACAGCAGCAGCAGCAGCAGCAGCAGCAGCAGCAAAGACAACAGCAGGCCCACGACGAGCAGCAACAAGGGCAGCAGACCUGGCGGAAGGAACAGUCGCACGAACCGCUCGGCGAUGUAGAGGCACAGCUAGCCGCGCUGCUCCGCUCUACAACUACUCAGCUGCAGCAGCAAAAUCAACAUAACGGCAGCGAGCAACUACCCCAGCAGGAGCAGCACUAUGAGCAGCAGCAGCAGAAGCUCGAGGGCGAGCAGCAAGGCGUUGCUGAGCGGGAAACGGUGCAAGGCGGCGACAAGGAGCACCAGCCAACAAACCGCAACAGCAGCAACAACAGCAACAGCAACGACGACAAUAACAGCAGCAGCAGAAACACUAGCAGCAGCAGCACUGCAGCCCAGCGGCGGCGAAGAGGGUUAACGGCAUCGAGGUCUGCUUCAACAGCAGCAGCAGCAGCAACAGGAGCAGCAGCGCCGCCUCGCUCCCCACCAGCAAAGAGGAGACGAACGGGGAGGUCAAAUGCGCAACAGGCCGCAGAUUCUGCUGUUGCUGCAGAGCGAAGUGACGCUGCAACAACAGCUGCUGCUAACGAAAACUUCAGUGUCAUUGAGGUCUUCGCCUUUUCGAAUUGUCAGCAACUGCAGCAGCACCGACAUCAGCAACAGCAGCAGCAGCAGCAACUGCAGCAACCGAGUAAAUGCACGAGAAAAUCGCUGGGCUCACAGGACAUCAUAGCUUAUUUCCCUGCAUCGUCUAGCUCAAAGAAGGCCGAUGCAACCGCAGCAUCAGCAAACAGUACUGCAUGUGCUGCUGCCCCUUCAGACUCACCUGCUGCCUCUGUGGCUGCAAAAGGGAGGAGCAGGAAGCCAGCGGCAGCAACAGCAGCUACGACAGCAACGGAAGUGGAGGGCCGUAAGGGGCGAAAACGCAAAACAGGGGCAGGUGAAGCAGCACCAACAACAGCAGCUGCAGCAGCUGCAGCAGCUACAGCGAAGAAAGCUGGUGACUCGCCGCUGCUGCAGAAAGGAAGGAAGCAUUCAGGAGCAGCAGCGCCGCCGACGCCUUUGCUGCUGCGGAGGCCUCAGGUAGGGGGAGCAGCAGCAGGAGCAGCGGGUGGUGAUCCUUCAGAGUUAGCGGACUUCUCGCAGCGAUUGCGCCAGAGAUUGCUUUUGGUUGAGCAGCAGCUUCAGAGACUACAGCAGGAGCAGCAGUGUCUUCUUGCUGCUCUAUGGGACCUAGGGCCUGCAGCAGCAGCAGCGGCUGCAACAACUACGAGUGAGGCAUUCCCAGCGCUGCAUUCAUGGCCGCGUGUCUCUGAUCAGCUACAGGAGCUGGAGCGGCUCGAAUCGCAGCAGCAACGACAAAAUGACAAAGAAGGGGAAGCGCUGCAGCAGAACGCUGAAGACCAGCAGCAGCAGCAGCAGCAGGAGCAGCAGCAUGCAAAACACCAGUCGUCAGCGUCCGAUAGUGGCACCACGUUGCCCUCUGAACCGCUAUCGCAGCAGCUGCUUCAGCAGCAGUGGCAGCAACUACAGUACCACCAGCAGCAACUGAGGCUGCAACAGCAACACGUGCUGCUACAGCAGCAAUUGCUUGCUGUGACGCUGCUGACGGAUUCAGAAAAACCCCCUCCUAAAGAAGCAGCAUCGGCAGCAGUUGCAACAACGGCAACACCCCCAGCAGCUACGAGGGAAGCAGCAGCACCAUCGGCAACCUCACUGGGGUCAGACACACCACUUUCUGCAGCAAGGAUCCUGCCACAGGAAGCAGCGGCAUCAACUGCAACACCCACGGAUGCUGCAGCAGACAGCCGACAGUCUGUGCCUCCGGCGGGAGAACACUCCUCCCCUACUGCAGCAGCAGCAGAAGAUGCUUCAGGAAGCAAUGAAGAAUUAGAAACAAAGACAGGCGUCCCAACAACGGCGGGACCAACACCAGCAACAGCAACUGCAGCAGCAGAUGCAGCGGCUGCCGAUGCGAAUGCAGCACUCUCAGCAGCAGCAGCGGAGGCCCCAGUUACAGCAGCCAAAGUCGAGGAGCCUGCUGCUGCUGGAGUGAAGACCCUGCCUUCAGCAGCAGCAGUAGUAACAACAGAUGCAGCACCUGAUGAGCCGACAGAGAAGUCGUCACCGUCUCUAGCUAAGCAACCAGAGCAGCAGCACCAGCAGCAGCGAGCGGAUGUAUUAUCCCUUUGGGGUAUUGCCAGGGCAUGCGGCUCCUCCCUGCUGCGCCAUCCUCCUGUAUACGCAGCGAAAGAAGCUGCAGGUGAGCCGUGUGUUGGGACCGCUACUCCUGCUGUUGCUGUAGGAGCAGCAGGGGUAGCACCAUCCAAAGCGGCAACAGACAUAUCCUCUGCCGUUAGAGGGGUCUCCUCAUUCUCGAAUCUGCUGCGCCCGCGUCUCCCUGCUGCGGCCCCGGCUGCUGCUACUGCGGAGGCGCUCCUUACAAGUGGAGGCUCAGCGCUGACUGGUGGACGCACCGCAGCAGAAGCAACAGCAGCAGCAGCAACAGCAACAGCAGCAACAGCAGGCAGCCAACCCGCUUCACCAGCGCGGCUGCGAAUGUCGUGGGCUUCAAGUGCAGCACGAAAUGCUUUGCCUGCUGCAGCUCGCGUCCGGUGUAUGGCUGCGCUGCCGUUAGUUGCUGCAGCAGCAGCAGAAGAUGAACAGUACAUCUGCGUGGGCGGCAACCUUGAACCAGAAGAGACAACAACUGCAGUAAAAUCUCCUAGGACAACAUCAGCAUGGACAGAAGCUGCAGAACCUGCAGGAGAUGCUGCAGCUACUGCACAAGACAGGAAUCCAGCAGCGGCAGCAGGCGCGGAGGCCCCUAUGCUUGCAUUGCCAGCAACAGAACCGUCAACAACAUCUCAACGAGAGGAAGGAGUGCGAAGUCCUCUGGUGGCAUCCGCCCCAUCAGUAGCAGCUACCGCUGCUGCUGUUCCUGCUGCACAUCUUGCUGCACGGGCAGUGGAAACGGUGGAGGGCUCCAGCAAUCACUGCACCAGCAGCGGUGUGGGAGCUGCUCCCAGUGGAUUUGCCGCUGCGGGUGGCACUGCAGUAGCAGCAGCAGCAGCAACAACAGCAACAGCGGCGGUUGAGGAGGAAAUAACAGCCACAGCAGCAGCAGCAGCAGAAGCAGCGUGGAUAGCAGCGGGGAAGACAGACUGCGUGGGCAGUUGGUCCCUACUGCUGCCUCCUUCUUUCAGCUGCAUCUUCCCUGAGCCUUUAAAGCAGCUGCUCUUUGUGCAGCAGCAGCAGCCGCAGCAAAUCAGGGAGGCGCUUUCCCGACUGCGGAGACAGCGUGUGAGAAACAAAAUUCAGCUGCAGCAACUUCAGCAGCAGCAAAAGCUGGAGCAAGCGCAGCACAGACCGCAACAGCAGCAACAGUUGCAACAUGCUGAGCAACAGCAACAACAGCAACAAGCUCGCCAGCAAAUGCAGCGGCUGCAAGCCCUGGCAGAAGGUCUCUCGUUCCUCGAUUCUUUCCUCGCUGCGGCUCUCCGGUGCGGUGAGGAGGGCAGCAGCUGCCGCUGUCCCUCAGAGGCUUGCAAUCGCAGGGGGAAACAGGGCCAGCAGCAGCAGCAGCAACAGCAACAGCAGCAGCAGCAACAACAACAGCAGCAACCGCAGCCGCAGCAGUCACAGCAAUCGCACCAGCAGCAGCCGCAACAGCCACCAGAGGAGCUGCUGCUGCCGCUAGAAGAGUCUCAGAAACGGGAAGCUGAACAGCUCCUGCAGCCACCUGAGGAUCAACCAGGGGAGGAAAGCCACCGAGACUGGACGGGAAGCCAGCAGCAACAGCAGCAGCAGCAGAAGCAGAAGCAACAAAUUCAAGAGUCCAAGCUACAGCAAACAGAGCACCAAGAAGGAGGGCUGCUGCUGAGAGACCAGCAACAACCAGGGCAGGUUCGGCAGCCAACGCAGCAAGGGAUAGACGCAGACGUCGUAGAAACGCAUCAGCAGGAGAAGCAGCAGCAGCCGAACGCAGCGCCGCAGGAGAAGGAACAGCAGCAACAGCAGCAGCUGCAGGAGCUGCCAGACGACCCGCAGGAACAGCAGCCUCGGCAGCAAAUGCAGCAGCGGGCAGACGGAGAUGCUCUAGAGGCACAUCAGCAGCACGAGCAGCAGCACCAGAAUGCAGUGGAACUGGUGCAGCAGCAGGAGCAGCUGGAAGGGCAGCAGAUGCAGCAGGAGACAGAAGAACUCGCAGUUGAGGAUACAGCUUCCUUUGUAGACGUGUCGUCUCCGCGUGGCUCCGCGUACAGCCCGGGGAUGUGCAUGUACACCCCAGUGAGCUGCCCACCUUCCCCCCUGAGCUGCGUAAACACGCCAAGAGAUCUCCAUCAAGAAGCAACUGAGUCGCAACACCAGCAACAGGAAGAGCAACAAGGGCAGCAGCAACAGGAGGAGCAACCGCUGCAGCAGGAGCUGCCGUUCUCAACUGACGACGGCUGUGUUUAUGCGUCAGCGCAGACCCCACCGUCCAGCAGCAGCAGCAACGGCGCCAGCAGUAGCAACAGCAGCAGCAGCAGCAGCGCAUCCCACAGGACAUGGAACGCAGGCAAUCAUUACAAGAGAAAUAGCCAAGAGACAAUCGAGCUGGUGCAACUCUCCAGCGACAGCAGCAGCAACAAAAGCUGCAGCAGCCAGAGUGAAUCGGAUGAAGGCUUGCAGCUGCUCUCCUCCCCCCAUCUUGCCAACACGGAAGAGACAGCUCAUGAAGCAGCAGCAGCAGCAGAGACAGGCUCAGAGACGAACGCCGCAGCAACGGCAGCAGAGGCCACAGCAGCAAGAGCAUCACAACCAGUUGCUGACAGUGAAGCAGCAGCAGGCAGGAUAACUGAGCUUUCGUCAGUCUUGAACGAAGUCUCAGGUGUGGCAGCAGCAGCAACGACGAAAGCGGGACCAGCAGCGGUGGCAGCAGCAGCAGCAGAAACAGCGGCAGCAGCAGCAGCCGCUGCUGCUGCUGCAACCCCAAACCGGCCUGCAACGGCUUCGAAGCCGCGAGGAGUAUCAACAACAAAAGAAGCACAAGCAGCAGCAAUAGAGGAAGCAAUAGACGACCAGCAUUUGCUGCUGCGAAUAGAUUGGGCUAAGAUGGAAGCCAGCUGCCUUCACAGGUGGCUGUCCUUCUUUGGGCUGAAGGUUGGGGGUCUCUCGCAGCAGCAGACUGUCUCUAUUUUGCAGCAGAUAUGCCGUUACCUUGUUACAGGCACACCCAACGUCCUACCUGGUGCUGUGGCUGGUGCUCCUGCUGCUGCUGCUGCCCACACGCAAGGGAGUGGGCAGCAGCCUGCUAUGGCUACGGGCGAGACGCAGCAGCAGCAGCAGGUAACAGGUCCAGCAGCGGCAGAUUCCGGUGCAGCAACAGCUGCUGCUGGAGAAGCACCACCUACGCAGGUUCGCAGGAGACAGAAGAAGCAGCGCGCAGCAAACGGCAGUGCAGCAAACGACCCCAUGGCUCCUGCUGCUUCUGUUGUUGGCUCUGCUACUGCUGCUGCAUGCACCUUUGCUGGUGUUCUCGAGGCUUCGGAAGGUGUAGUGCUGCCACCGGAGUACGGGGGCACUGCAACAGCAGAUGGUGCUUCGUCUCCCAUGAGUUCUCAGCAACAGCAACAACAGCAGCAGCUGCAGCAAGGACGGCAGAAACGAACGGCAACAGCCGCAGAGAUCCGUGCGGCGCUGCUGCGCCGGGAAGACCCCUUCGGGGUGUAUGGACGGCUGCUAGCAAUGGAGCCAGUUACUCUUUCAGAGAUCGAGGAGUCGCUGAAGGCAGCGCAAGUGGCAGUGACUCGGCAGAGUUUGCAAGCCUUCUUGCGGAGAGCAGCGGUGAUGGUAGCCAAUCCGUGGAAGCCGCAGCAACGGGGCCGCCGGGGCCCGUCUAAGCUCACAUCGAAAGACCUGGUGCUGACCCCGCGUAGCAGCAGCAGCAGCAGCAGCAGCAACAUGGAAGCCAGCGGCCCUUAG